AUGUCUAAACGAAAGGAUAUUGAAGCGAUAAUAUCAUCAACAUCAACAGCGACGACAGCAUCAACAUUGAACAAUAAUCACAAUAAUGAUAAUGCUUACAAGUUUAGGAGAACUACAAUAACGAGUACACCUACGCAUCAUACCUUUGUAGGUGGAGGUGGUCAACAACAGCAAGCUGGCAGUAGACAUUAUACAAAGAAUAUACUCGACUUUGUCAGUCAUCAUUAUCAACUGUUGCUCAACUCUCCAGACAGAGACCUAUCCACAAGCUUCAACUCAACCAUCAAUGACAACAACACCGCCGGAAUACCAUCAGUUCCACAGUCGCCUCGAGGUGAAUCGUUAUAUUCAUUCAAUCAAACAACCAUGACUACAAUGGGCAUCGAUACACAUGUAGUUCGAUGGCUGUUGAGAUUGAUUGAGUGUGCCCAUGUCAAUCUAUCGGGCAUACUCGAUCACAAGGACAUUGGAAAGAUACUAAAGAAGUUGAUCAUAUACCUCAUUGGAAGCAAUGAGUAUGGCUACCUUCACAAUCAUCAACCUCCGCCUCAACAACCCAAACAGCCUCAACAACCUCCAACACCUCAGACACCAAUGUCAUUGAGGUCACUCACAAUUGUCAAGACUCCAAUAUCCUCCAUACCACCAUCACCAAGACUACUUCAUCAACAUCAUCAUCAACAACAACAAGGACAAGGACAACAAACACCAUACUCCCCAUUCAGGGGACACGUCGAUCGACUGAGCGAGCAAGAUGAUUGGUGUCCGUAUCGUAGUCGUCUGGUGAGCAUUCGGAACUUGUCAAGUAGACGCGCCAACUAUGCCUCGCUCGACCAGUCCAUGCCCGAGGAGGACAGCCACAUGUUUCGUCUGCUCAUUGGCAAGAUCACUCAUUCAUCAGACCCGCGGCACAAGGACCGCCUCGUCAUCCGUGACCAGGGCGGUGAGGUGCCCCUUCAGCUCUCGGCCAAGUGCACUGACACAGUGUAUCUAAUGGAUGCCAUUGUCUUUGUGUCAAGUUGGAGGCUGGUCAUUGUCAACAACAAGCAAGAGGAGGGAUCACAGCUAACCGUCAAGAUAGAGGGCUCAGACACAACAACGGCGAACGCGACACAAUCACACAUUGGCAACUACCUCGAGGUGGAGAAGAUGCAUGUACUGUAUCGUAGUGAGUCGCAUUACUAUCAGCGAUGCUACAACAACUAUGAGAGUGGAGUACAUCAUGAUAUCUCGACCUUUCAGCAAUAUCUGCUCAAGACUUUCCCUCUCGCGCCCUCUGCCUCGAUCUCAAACCUGAACCUGAACUCGUUCAACAUUGCUGGCAGGGUACUCACCAAGACAUCGAUACUGCACGCCAAGCUGCCACACUCGAGCGACAUUCACAAGUACUUCAUACUGCGCGUGGAGCUGCAGACACACACGGGCGCCACACAACGCCCAAGCUUCAUUCUGUUCAGUGGCGAGCAGACCAAAUGGUUCCAGCUGCUCGAUGUCGGCCACUCAUAUCUCUUUACGGGUGUUGGCGCACUCAGACUGGUGCGCCAAUCGGGCACCGGCCCCAAACAGACCAUGUAUGAAGCAAAGCACGAAAGCCAGUACUUCGUCAUCAACACGCUGCAUCAGACACGUCCGGCCUACCUGGCGAAUCAGAUCCAACAGGGUGGUGUUCAUCCACUGCCCUCAACAAUCGAUUACAUUGGCACAAUCACAGCAGACUUUAGCUCCAACCGUGGCUACUACCUACUCGACGACGAGUACCGUCUGUUCAUCACACACUACCGCUGUAGCGGCUUCUAUGGCAGUGGACUGCGCCUUGGCACAAUGAUCAAGCUGGAGAACGUGCACACCGUGUACGUCAACAAACAGUUCAAAGGCUUUGGAAUGUGCACGAGCAGCUCAAUCAAGUUUAUUUCGUUCGAGAUCAAUCAACGACUACGCAACUUCCAGCCUUACCAAUCAACCGAGUUGAGUGCACUCUGUGACAAGUACUCAAUCAUCGAUUCAUUCAUCCUCCCCAAGCUCUUUGAUCGACUCGUCGUCAAGUUCCCAAAGAUAUUCACCGAUGCCAAGAGUACACUCACCAAGUACAAGGACAUCAUGUUGUAUGAGCAGAUCGCGGAGGCAUUUGAUAUCAAGCAGGUGGAGAGAUUAGAUGAUUAUGAGUCUAUUGUGCGACAUCACGCUGGCAGAUGCCAGGUCAGCAAUCAGUAUGCCAGAUUUCCAAUCAUCAUUGAGAUCUCACAGAUCAUGAAGCCAACCAUCAUGAAGUCCGAGUGCUAUUGGGCUGGAGAGAAGUACACACUCAUCAGUCGAUUCGAGUUGGAGCCACAGAACUAUGAGUGGGGCAAGGUGUACAUCAAGGACAACAACUGCUCUUCAUUCUUGGUCUGUCACAUUCCAGAUCUGAAUGAGUUCCACUUGCAGUACAUAUGGAAGGUCAACAAGUUCCUCAUUGUGUUGGAGCGAUACACUGAUGAGGACAAGCAGGCGCAGACAUUCAGUUAUAUCCAGUUCUCGAUGGAUGAUUGUAGUUUGGUGGCGCCACUUGUGUUUGAUCGAUUCACCACCGACACAUUGAUCAAAGAGACACACUUCUUCCAAGAGCAAUUCAAUGUGUUCCAACAGCUGCUAAUGGAUUCCCCCAACUCAUUGUCGUCCGCUGACCAACAUCAACAUGGAAUGUUCUUCAAACUACUAUGCAAGAUAAUACGACUUGGACGCAUGUCACUAUCAGUCGUAUUGCUACUACCCAACGCACCCAACGUCAAGAUAUUCGAUGUACCAUCGGCAUACUUCCCAAUCCUCCAAACCAACCAUUGCUACUACAUCGAUCACUGCACCAUCCAGCCAACCAACAGUCGUACCUUCCAAUCCAAGAUCAUCGUAACUCCCAAUGUCCAAAUACGAUCGAUUGUAUUAUGUGAUGCAACUGAUGAGACAAGAUUGUGUCCAGAGUAUGGCCACGAGUCCAUCUCAAAGUACAAUAUACCAAUGGUCAAGGUACAAAGUAAGGAGUUGUUCGACAGCUUCUACUAUUGUAUGCCAACAGUGACAUUAUACAAUAUCAAUGAGUUGAUGGAUGUUGAGCUUGGUGAUGAACCAAACUCAGACAACAGCGUAUAUAACUACGUGUCCUUCCGUGGAAUUGUGACCCAUCACUCAGUCCUGUCGAUCAAUGGCAAACUGAGUCUCAAGAUCAGAUGUAGAGACCAGGCGAUGGUCGAUGGCAAGGAUAUUGAGGUCAAUCUGAAUGAUUACUUCUUUGGCUUGGUCAAGGGAUUGGUGGUGGACUUCAACAAUAUGAGCUUGGUCAGUGGAGAGAACGGCAACACAUGUCAUUCAAACAAGUACUCUCACUUUACAGUUGUCCAGUAUGCGACGAGCAAGGGCAAAGAGCAUCGGAGUUUGGAUGGCGCAGGCGUCGGCAUUGGUGGUGACCAAGAGCUCGCGGUCAAAGCCACACUGUCCCAGAUCAACAGACAGAGUGAUCCGGCCACAUUGUACAGAGUGGUGGCAGAUGUCACCUCAAUCAUCAAUAUGGAGUUGGCCUACUAUUGCAACGUGUGUGACAAGGCGUUGGUGAGCAGUGAUGGCUGUCAAUGUCUACUGGACAAUGCGGCCGAUGAAGUCAUAUUCAAAGGUAGACUCGAAUGCAGAAUAUCAGAUGGCAGCAACACCAAGACCAUGCUCGUUCAAGAUGAAGCCAACAUUGCAAAGAUACUCAGCAUUGGUCCAAAGAGGAUGAAGAGGUUGAGGAGCCAACUGGUCGAUGACAGGAAGGUUGGAGUGUGGUCGAGGAGUGACAAGAUGGAUUUGGAUCAUUUGAAUGGAUGGGAUGUUGCCAACCUAAGACAUUACAGGGGGUAUAAUAUACCGAUGGAACAAGAAUGGAGGACAUUUGAGAUGACCCUACAGAAGCAUGCAUCAGACACUCAAGGCUUCACAUUACAAUGUCAUCAUCUCAGCGACAGUACCUCCUCCUCCUCCACUUCCACUCACACUGGUGGUGUCACCAUCACUCCAACAACAACAUCAAUGACAAACAACAGCAAACUCAGCUUUAGUCUCGACCUCAACUUUAGCAAUGGUGCGGCCUUUAAACCCAACAACAACAACAAGGCCAAGACUCCACUUCGAGGCAGACGUGUCAACCAACCCAUCGCCAACAACAAGACAGGGUCUACGCCAACUUCACAGCUGUCCAAGUCCUAUCUCUCUGACUUCCUCUCACAGCCUUUCAACAUGUGA